UCCACACAGCAGUCUCUGAGGUGUCUUCGGGAUGAAUAUGAUAUUCAGAGUCACGGAGUGCCUCACUUCCUCCUCCGGUCUCACCUCCCUCGGCUCCCCGCGUUCCCCACAGCUGGUGCUGGAAAGCGCGAAUGGCUCGCUAGCGCGGGCGGGGGCGGCCGAGGGGCCGGAGCCGGAGGCGGGGGAGACGACGCCAGGCGACGCUGCAAGCGCCAGUGCAGAGCUCAGCUUCGAACCCAGUUUUCCUCCCGGACCUGGCACGGCAGACCUCACGUGUGCCCCGGGAGAAUCUAAACGCAGGCCACCUAACCAGCGGCGGACCCUGAGCGCUGCACAGAUGUGCCAGGGGCGGAAGGAGGUCCAAACCAGACGGAGGGAGAAGAAAAUGGAGCGCGAGUGACAAUCAGACUAGAAUGAGAAUGAAUGGGAGCAGAUGAUGCGGCCCCGUCGCCCGGCGCACCCUCCCCCACGUGCUCACACCCCCAGCGACCGCUCCCGGGGAGGCCUGUGAAGCCGCCGCAGUAAAAGGAGACGGAGGAAUACAUAUCCUCCAGCUGGAACGGACUCAGACCAGGUUACCACUUCCUCGGCUUUCUGAACUUUUCUUCUCGGUCUUCUGGGCUGGAGUGGGUCUUGCCAUCCCCCUUGCUUGCGUUCCUUCCCGCAACAGUCUUCCCGUCCUCCUCCUCCACUCGAGACCUGCCCCUGCCCGCCCGCUCCACCCGCUAAGGAACGGGGCAGUGAAUACGUACACCUCCCGGGCUAGGGAUCUCCCUCUCAGAUUUAGCUGGGGGGCUGAGGGCGUGCGUCCCGGAGGGUGUGCCCUGGGGCUGUCCCUGGCUGAGCCCUUGCCGGGCGCGACCCCUCCGCUCCCCGCAGCCUGGGCGCGCCGGACUCGUGCGCUACCGUCGCGCACCCGCCGCGCCCUAGCUGCCGGAGGGGGAACGAGCUCAGGGGUGCGCGGGUGGGAGGCCCCCGCCUCGGGAGCCAGGGAAAUCCCGGCCGCCGCCAGGGGCCGUGCCACCACCCUCGCCCGACCGAGGCUUCCGGCGCGCCCCCAACUUCGUGGCGCCCUCCGGCAGCGGCGGCGGGGAUGGAGCUGCCUUGCCUCGGGCGGGCGCCGCCGGACUCGCCGCUGGACAGCUGCUCCCUGACCUCGCUGGAGUCCAGCGUUUUCUGCAGCGAGGGCGAAGGGGAGCCCCUGGCGCUCGGGGACUGCUUCACGGUCAACGUGGGCGGCAGCCGCUUCGUGCUCUCGCAGCAGGCGCUGUCCUGCUUCCCGCACACGCGCCUGGGCAAGCUGGCCGUGGUGGUGGCCUCGUGCCGCCGCCGCGGGGCCCUGGCCGCCGUGCCCAGUCCCCUGGAGCUCUGCGACGAUGCCAACCCCGUGGACAACGAGUACUUCUUCGACCGCAGCUCGCAGGCGUUCCGCUACGUCUUGCACUACUACCGCACGGGCCGCCUGCACGUCAUGGAGCAGCUGUGCGCGCUCUCCUUCCUCCAGGAGAUCCAGUACUGGGGCAUCGACGAGCUCAGCAUCGACUCCUGCUGCAGGGACAGAUACUUCAGAAGGAAGGAGCUGAGUGAAACAUUAGACUUUAAGAAGGACACCGAAGACCAGGAGAGUCAACAUGAGAGCGAACAGGACUUCUCCCAAGGACCUUGUCCCACUGUCCGCCAGAAGCUCUGGAACAUCCUGGAGAAACCUGGGUCUUCCACAGCUGCUCGAAUCUUUGGGGUCAUCUCCAUCAUCUUUGUGGUGGUGUCCAUCGUCAACAUGGCCCUGAUGUCCGCUGAAUUGAGCUGGCUGGACCUGCAGCUGCUCGAAGUCCUGGAGUACGUGUGUAUCAGCUGGUUCACCGGCGAGUUUGUCCUGCGCUUCCUGUGCGUGCGGGACAGGUGCCGCUUCCUGAGAAAGGUGCCCAACAUCAUAGACCUCCUCGCCAUCUUGCCCUUCUACAUCACUCUUCUGGUAGAAAGCCUGAGUGGGAGCCAGACGACCCAGGAGCUGGAAAAUGUGGGGCGCAUCGUGCAGGUCCUGAGGCUGCUCAGGGCUCUACGCAUGCUCAAGCUGGGCAGACAUUCCACAGGAUUACGCUCGCUCGGGAUGACAAUAACCCAGUGUUAUGAAGAAGUAGGCCUCCUGCUCCUCUUUCUGUCUGUGGGAAUUUCUAUAUUUUCAACUGUGGAGUAUUUUGCUGAGCAGAGUAUUCCUGACACAACCUUCACAAGUGUCCCUUGUGCAUGGUGGUGGGCCACCACAUCCAUGACUACUGUGGGGUACGGGGACAUUAGACCAGACACCACCACAGGCAAAAUCGUGGCCUUCAUGUGCAUAUUAUCAGGAAUCCUUGUCUUGGCCUUGCCUAUUGCUAUUAUUAACGACCGCUUCUCGGCUUGCUAUUUCACCUUAAAGCUCAAGGAAGCAGCUGUUAGACAGCGUGAAGCUCUGAAGAAACUUACCAAGAAUAUAGCCACUGACUCAUACAUCAGUGUGAACUUGAGAGAUGUCUAUGCCAGGAGUAUCAUGGAGAUGCUUCGGUUAAAAGGCAGAGAAAGGGCAAGUACUAGGAGCAGUGGAGGGGAUGAUUUCUGGUUUUGAAGUCACUUCCAAUUUACUUACAAAAGCUUGUGUACAACUAACUCAACUGAUAAAGCCUUGAUAUGGAUGUCUGUGUACUGUUGAAGAGUCUCUUUUGAGUAUACCACCUGUGUUAGUUUUUGCUCAUACUUUGCCUGGUCUGCUAGAAUAGUUCACAUCCCCCAAACCAAGUGCACAUUGUUUUGACACAGUAGCGCCUCAAAAACUAGUUAUUUAACAUAACUCAAUACAAGUAGGUCAAAUGACUGAGUUGUCAGAUAUAAAAUAAUAGUGAAAUUCAUCCAACAAAGUUAAAAGUCUUAUGCAUCACUAAUUUUAAGUUUUUGUGUACCACUAAUGUAAAAGAACGGGAGUUAAGCUACAUGGCCCAGAGAAAAAGGUAAGUGAACAUUUAAGAACAUACUGGACAUUCUUUAAGUAAAUAAAUCACUCCUUUCUCCAUCAGUUAAAGUUGUUAAAUACAACAAUUAGCUUUGCAAAGGAAAUCCUGUUUUGAUGGCCAGAGAUGGUGUCUCUACAUCUUCCCUCUGGUGCAAACCACUGGUCACAGAAGGACUGAGUUCAGAUUUCCGUUAUUACUAUUGGAGGUCAGAAUCCCUAAGCUGCUUAGCCGCCAACAGAAUAGGGGCUUCAAGAACUGUAUAUCCCCAUCGUCUCCACAGAGUGAAGUCAUCAGUCGAAAGCAGGUGUUUCUUGUAUCCCCUUGGAAAUUAGAUGGUCUUUAAAAAUCUCUUUAUUGAUGUAGUGUUCCAAUUAUGUCUUUAAAAUCAUGGAUGUGUAAAGGUGAAGUAGUGAACAUCCUAAAUACAUACACUAAAAUUAUUAAAUAGACUUAUUUCAUAAAAUGAGAAUGAUAUGUUGGAUGAUAUCACUGGAUGAACUUGAAGAUCUUUUAUUUGUUACAAAAAUACAGAUAGCUUUCUGACUUUUGGGGUAAAUAUCAAAUGUUCAAACCUUGCACGCAUUUGACAGCAUUUUGACAGUCAUUCGUGAUAAUGAUAACAUUCCUAGACAUUCUGUUAUAUGAUUAAAGCCAAAAGUUCUAAACCUAAGAACUACUUUAUGAUUCCCAA